CUCAGUUAUCGGGUCACCGGCUUACAGAGUCUCAUGCAAAGUGUUGGGUACUUCCUGUUCAUCAGCACCGGCUGCUAAGAUAUCGCCACUGAGAUAAACAGGGAAGGCAAAGGGAUGGGAGGGGUUGAUGAAAGAGGACAGGGAUAUAAUGAGACGUCUGUCCAGUUCAGGAGCAGAAGGUGAGGAGAAGAAGAAGAAGAGCAGAAAGACGCAUAAACAAACUCGCACCACACACCCCGGGAGGAUUUAUCACUAUUCACUGCACCAGUAACGUCCAUGAGGAACAUUACAGGGAUGAAGGAUGAAUGGGUUUUUGUUCUCCUGUUCUCCUCAGUGGUAUGUGGUAUAGAAGCAUAUAUUCCUAAUCGCUAUCACUUUGUGAAUGAGAAUAAAACCUGGAGUGAAGCUCAGGAUUACUGCAGAGAGAAAUACACUGAUCUGGCCUCCAUCAACGACAUGGGAGAGAUGAUGAAGCUGAAUUACACACUGAAGAAGGAAACUGUAAAGAAAGCUUGGAUCGGUCUACAGAGAGAGGGCACUGGGGAAUGGCAGUGGUCUCUGGCAGAUCAAACUUUCUACAGAGACGGAGACACUUACAGAAACUGGAGUAGUGGACAACCAGACCACCAAGGGGGAAAUGAGUUCUGUGUUCAGAUGCAAAAAAGCACUGGUUCCUGGCAUGAUGACAGAUGUGAUAAAACAUACUAUUUUGUGUGUUAUGAAGAAAAGAACACAAACACUAAUAGAUACAUGUUUAUUAAUGAGAACAAGACCUGGCGUGCUGCUCAGACCUACUGCAGAGAGAAACACACCGACCUGGUCAGUGUGAGGAACAAAACUGAGAAUGAGGAGAUCAAGAAAGUGAUUCAAAGUGCAACUGAUGUAUAUGUUUGGAUUGGUCUGUUUAAUGAUUCCUGGAAGUGGUCAGAUCAGAGUAAUUCCUCAUUCAGAUACUGGAGCUCUGACAAACCCAGUGGAGAUUUGAACUGUACUGCAGUGAAUGUGUCUGAUCAAGACCACUGGACCAAUGUGGACUGCACAGAAAAACUCCCCUUCAUCUGCCAUGAGAAUAAGCUGAUCCUGAUUAAGCAGAAUCUGACCUGGAAAGCCGCUCUGAACUACUGCAGGAACCAUCAUUAUGACCUGGUCUCAGUGCGCACUGAGGAGAUGCAGCUCUGGGUGAAGGAAGUGGUUCAAAACACCUCCACCGAACACGUGUGGCUCGGCCUGCGUCACACCUGCGCUCUGGGCUUCUGGUACUGGGUGACUGGAGAGAUGAUCUGCUACCAGGACUGGGCCCCGGGGAACGGGACAGGGUUCGAAGACUGCAGCCAUGAGGAGAGAACCGGAGCAGUGCAGUCUGGAGGAAAGCAGCAGUGGAUCAGCCUGCCUCAGAGCGACACACUCAACUUCAUCUGCUCUACCUAUGAAGAACCAAUCAUAGACCCUCGAUGAGGUGAGACAGCCAAUCAGACACACUCUCAUCCAGACAUAGUGAGUUUGUUGAAACCUCCUAUUUACUACCUGGAUCACCAAAGUUCAAAGAGAACAUUCCGAUCUGUGUAACACAAAGAACUGAACUUUUCUUCAGAGAUUAUUUCAAAAACAGCUGGACAGAAUGAAGCAUUAAUCCCAACAUCUGUUCAAAACCAAAAACUCAAGAUGGCUACACACCAGAAAACUCUUCAACUAUAUCCAGUCAGUGGCCACUUUAUUAGGAACACAUGUACAUUUACUCAUUCGUGAAAAUAUCCACAUAUCCAAUCAUGUGGCAGCAGCACAAUGCAUAAAAUCAUUAACAUACAAG